GCCCGCUGCCGUUCAAGGCCGCGAAGAAGAGAGCGCGGUCAAGUUUGGGAGCUGAUAUUGUACGUUAGAUGUCAAAGUCAACCUUGCCAUUAGAUACUUUCUUCAAGAACUUCCGAUUUUUGAAAAAAACUGUGAUAGUUAACAAUAAUGACUAUAACGGCGCUUUCAGAUCGAUUAAUAAGAUAAUAAAUUCUGAUAAGAUAAGAAGUACGGUCAAUUUUCAACAACGUUAUGAAAAACCAACUGAUUGGAGACGAAGAUAUAUGUAUGAACGAUGUAAACGUGUGUAUGACUCUGAGAUGUCUAGGAAAAUCUCACUUGUUAUACGCACACAUAGGGUUGAUCCAUGGCCUCGUUAAAAACUAUGUGUAUGCUUAGUUGUUCUUCUCUGUUGUACAGACUUACAAUUGUUAGAUUUUGUUAAUAUAAUACAAUUUUGUUUAUUGAA